AUGACCGUGGCACAGCUGCCAAUCGUUGACUUUGGUCUCUUCCUACAUGGAAAUCCAGAUCAACAAGAGCACGCAGCAAAAAAGCUUGUCGAAUCGCUUGUUAACCAUGGAUUUGUCCGCCUGACGAACCACGGUAUAUCGCAGGAGUUUGUACAGCAGAUUUGGGAAUGGGAUCGGGCAUUCUUCCAGCUACCAGAAGAAGUGAAAAUGAAGAUUGUUCAUCACCCGGGCUCCGAUUUACAACGAGGGUGGAGCCGCAAGGGUACAGAAACCACAUCCAGACUACGAAAGGAAAAUGCAGAGAGCUCGCCAAAAGGAAAGGGUGAACUAUUAGAUGAGAAGGAGCAUUUUGAUUGCGGCCCACGUGGGGAUACCGAAUUUCCCAACAAGUUCCCCAGCGAAGGGGACCUUCCUGGCUUCAAGACCUUCGUCGAGCAGUACUUCGAUAUAGUACAGCAUGUCUCUCUCAACAUCAUGCGUGCAUGUGAGGUGGGAUUUAGAAUGCCCAAAAACUCACUCGUGGAUCGGUGCAUACCAGCAUCUUCAGAGCUUCGAAUGCUUCACUAUCCCCCUGUCUCCCUAGACCGACUUCAAUCUGGAACAAUCAAGCGUGCUUGGCCGCACACUGACUUUGGAAUUAUCACACUCCUGUUCCAAGACAGCCUCGGCGGACUCGAGUUUGAAGAUAGGAACAAACCGUUUACGUUUGUGCCUAUAAUACCAUCCGACGAGAAUGAGCUUAUAGUCAAUACGAGUCAAACCUUCCAGCGCUGGACUAAUGGCGUGGUCAAGGCUGGCCUUCACCAGGUGAAUGUCCCACCUCAUAUGUCUAGCAUUACGGAGGGCUGCAUUCCUGAGCGAUAUUCCUCUGUGUUUUUCUUGAAAGCGCACCGAGAAGUCUCAGUUGGGCCCAUUGAUCAAUUUGUGACGGAGGAGAGACCAGCAAUGUACCCAGACAUUACUGCUCUCCAGUACCAGCAAGAGAUGACGGAGAUUCUGUAUUAG